CUCUGUCUCUCUCUCUCUCUCUCUCUCUCUCUCUAUAUAUAUAUAUAUAUAUAUAUCUGUAUAUAUUCGAUCAAUCCGCCAUUGUUGAUUGCCACUGACCACUGCAAAUCCUUCUGUCUCGCUCUCUACACGUAUCAUGGCUGAAGAAAGGUCCGUCGACAGUCCCCGAUUCCCAAUCCACAAACCCUACUUCGCAGCGCAGAUUAUCCUCAGAGCUCUCGCUAUCGCCGCCACUCUCGCCGCCGCCUGGCUCAUCAUCACCGCCAAAGAGACCUCCACCAUCAUCGGAUUCAAGGAAGUCGCGCGUUACAACUAUUCUUCUGCCUUCAAGUUCUUCGCCCUUGCAAACAUUGUCUCAUUUGUCUUCUCCAUCCUCUCCCUGCUCUCCACUUUCUUCGCCGGCCGGAAAACCGUUCACCCGGCGGUUUACUUCUGCCUUUUCCUCCAUGAUUUGAUUAUGGCAGCAUUGCUGAUAUCGGCAUGUUCGGCGGCGACGGCGAUCGGCAUGGUGGGGAAGUAUGGGAACGACAAGACGGGAUGGAUGGCGAUCUGCGAUUAUUUCCCGAAAUUCUGCAGAAGAUCCACAGUUGCAGUAGGUUGUUCUUACGUGGGGUUUUUGUGCUAUUUAAUUCUCACUGUAGUGUCUGCUACAAAAUCCACCACAUCAUCAAAACCCUAAAUUGAUUAAUUACAUGAUAUCAGUGUUUGUAGGAAUGGGACUUUAAUUUGAUCAUCCCCUCUGCUGUCAUAACUUGACGUA